AUGAGCCAAUAUCAACCCAAUGCCGCUCCAAAUAGAUCGUUCAUCGAGAAAAUCAAUUCGAAGUUCUCUAAUUUGUCAGUUUCGGGCUCUCUCAGCUCGGGAACCGAACACGACGGAGCCUCGGAAGAUCAAACAUUGAUCCACAAGGCAUUCGUGAAAUUCUUCGACCAGAACAAUGAACCAUACCCCGAGUGGCUCGGAGUUAAACAUCUGCAGCCCCAUGCGUCUCGUCACCGAAGCGAGGGCUAUACCCAAGGCCGUACUUACGAAUCAAGAGGUUCCGAGUACCAGUCACAGUAUCAGCCAGUUCGUGCCGCGUACAAUUCUCCGAAUCUGCAACAAUAUAAUGACAUGGAUGGUGGAGAUGUAUCGCGUUCUACUUCCCUUCCGAGUUCAGGAAGUCUGGGCGGAUACACUCGCAACUCGAGACUUCAAGAGAUGUAUAACAAAUCGCGCCACCUGCAAGCCGACUCGUCCCAUGGCAUGGUUCCAAAUUCUGCUCUGAGUGGUAGAAACAAUUCCGUCAGUCAAAUGCGGAGAGAUCGUGUUCUCAAUGGAAUGUCUCUGACGGGAGAAUCCAGAUCCAACUGGGGUAGAUAG